GAUGUAAAAAUAGCAAAAUGAAUAGAUUGAAGAGGAUGAAUAUGAAGAAGUGAUUUCUUAUACAUCUUUAGAAAAGUUAGCAAUUCCAGGAUUUGGGGCAGUAGAUAUAUAGAGAUUAAAAGAUGCAGGAUUUACAACAUGUGAAUCAAUUGCAUAUACAGCAAAAAAGAAUUUAAUGAAUAUUAAAGGCAUGACAGAUGCCAAGAUUGAAAAAUUAGUUGAGGCUGUGGCUAAAUUAGUAGUAAACUAAUUUAAACCAGCUACAGAUGUUUUAAAAUAGAGAGAAAGAAUAGUACAUAUAUCAACAGGAAGCACAAAAUUUGAUAAAUUACUUAGAGGAGGUAUAGAAACUGGUGGAAUAACAGAGAUAUUUGGUGAAUUUAGAACAGGAAAAUCAUAAAUAUGUCACACAUUAGCAGUCACUUGUUAAAUGAAUGAUGGAAAAGGUAGACCUGGAGGGAAAUGUUUAUAUAUUGAUACAGAAGGAACUUUUAGACCAGAGAGAUUAAGUGAAAUUGCAAAGAGAUUUGAAUUAGGAAUAGAAGAAGUUUUAGAAAAUGUUUCAUUUGCAAGGGCUUAUAAUGUAGAUGAAUAAUUGAAAUUACUAGUUUAAGCAUGUAAUUUAAUGUCUACAGAUAAAUAUGCUUUAUUGAUAGUGGAUAGUGCAACAGCAUUAUAUAGAACAGAUUAUUUAGGAAGAGGAGAGUUAUCAGCAAGAUAAAAUCAUUUAGGGAAAUUCUUAAGGAAUUUAUAAAGAUUAGCAGAUGAAGUAAUUAUAAUAGUUAAUAUAUAUAGUUUAAUAUAGCAGUUGUAAUAACUAAUUAAGUGAUGAGUUCUGUUGAAGGUACAAUGAUGGCUAUGGGUGAUUAAAAAAAACCAAUUGGUGGUAAUAUUAUGGCUCAUGCUUCAACAACAAGAUUGUAUUUGAGAAAAGGAAGAGGAGAGAAUAGGAUUGUAAAGAUUUAUGAUUCACCAUGUUUACCAGAAUCAGAAGAAUAAUAUACUAUAUCACCUGGAGGAAUAGAUGAUUGUGCUGAUUGA